UCUGCAGGCCUAGUAGUGUAGUUAUUUGUUUAAAAGCGACGGUGACUGUCGGCUCUUUAAUCUCCUCUUUAUUUCGCAAAGAAUCUCGUCUCUCUCUUUACUUUUCUUUUUUGUUUUUUCUUUUAAUAAUAUUACUUUUAUUAUUUCCAUCUGCAUUAUAUAUUUCACUCUGUUCCUUAUCACUCGCUCUUGAUCCCCUCAAUACAUUUCUCACCCUCUUAUUUUUCUGCUUUCCCGAGAAAAUCUCGCAUUUUCUCACCUGGAGAUCCGAAGAUCAUCUAAUGAGGAAUCUUCCUUGAAUGCCUGAAUACUAAAAUACGUAGCUGUUGGUGAAAAUUUUGACGAGAUCAGAUUAGUCGGAUUUUUGGAAAUGAGCUGGAACCCACAUAUGGAGGUUCAAUACAUUAAUAGUAGCUACCCUUAUAAUAGUGCUGGCAGCUUUAUGGAAUAUUUCGAAGGUCUUACUUAUCAACAUGUCAAUUUCAUUUUUGACGGUGCUUCCCAUGUUCAGGAGAGUGUGUAUCCAUCAAUGACUUCAAGCUUUUACAAGUUUGGAUUAUCUGAUUCUGGCAAUAUUUCAUAUUAUGAUCAUGGUCAUAGUUACGAGGUGGAUAACCAUGAACUAUGUGUUGAUGAAUAUAGAAGGGCAUCAGAGAAUUCCUCAUCAAUGAGUAAUGAACAGACUGCAGCAAUGAAUAUGGAAUGGGAAGGAAGUGUAAAUACAAUGUCGCGUGAAAACCCAGUAGAUUGUCCACGAAGACAACAUAAUGGUCAUGAUUACCAGGUCAUUUGGCAAGACACUGUUGAUCCUGACAACAUGACUUAUGAGGAAUUACUUGAACUGGGGGAGACUGUUGGAACUCAAAGUCGAGGUCUAUCCCAAGACCUUAUUUCUUUGCUCCCGGUUUCAAAAUACAAGUGCAGCUUGUUCUCAAGGAAGAAAUCAAGGAAUGAAAGAUGUGUGAUUUGCCAGAUGGAAUAUAAACGAGGUGAGAGACGGAUUACCUUGCCUUGCAAACAUGUCUACCAUGCUGGGUGUGGCAGCAGAUGGCUUAGCAUCAACAAAGCUUGCCCCAUAUGUUACACUGAGGUGUUUGGUGAUGGAUCAAAACCUUGA